GGUUCUAGCGGGCAUUCGGCGUACAAAGUGGAUAGUGGGGGUUAGUUACGGCGGAAUCGCAAAUAUUCGUUGACGGUGGUGCGCGACAAGGGUGAUAAAAAAAGCAGUGUCGCGAGAACGUGAAUUUGGACGGGCCUAGUGGGACACGCGAGGCCAUGCGUCCGUUUUACGUCGCGUUUAUACACGUCGCUGCACGAUCUCGUAGCGUCGCGAUGCCUUUGCUCGCGUCGUUCCUCGCAAUUACGCAAUGAUUAGUCGUCACGAUGUUGGAUCCGGGGUGUUAGGAUCGUUUGUGACUUUGUUCGAUCGAAAGAUUGCUUUCUCGAUGGUUGAUCGUGGAUGAACAGUUACCAGCAUGAGCUUCUGGUCCCGCAGACGAUUUCAUAUCACUCCGCUACAAGCGUUCGCGGCGCUGUUUCUCAUGAUCAUGCUGUUCUGGUACAGCCUCAGUCGGCAAGAGACACCUCAGCAACCGUGCAGCGUGCCGGAGGAAUUCACGGAGAAACUACACGAACUUACCUACAGGGUCCACUUAGUGCUAGCGAAACUGAGCAUCGUGCACUUUCUGUGCUUCGGAGGACUCUGGGGUCAAGUUCGAAUCGGUCGUGCCUUGCCAUGGGCACGUAAGGUCGAGCUUUGCUUGGUCGACACUCUCAGAGACGAUGUCCUAAUCACGAAAGCAUUCCGUCAAGCUGCUUUGAGCGCUACAUACCUGCACGCGGCCGGUGUAUAUCGAAUCCAGGAACACGGGGUCGGCGAAGAUGCGCCCAAGGUGGAGGUCGUCGUCUUCGAGAAGGAUGCUGUGACACGAAUGCGCUGUUUUCUAGUUGCACUUUUCGCGUUGCUGUUCGAAAUCAUCGAGAUGGGAGACGGUUACAAACUAAUCAGGCCGUACAAGUACUAUCAACGUAGACCAUGGUGGCGGCCUCGAUCGUACGCGGAUCACAAAUCAUCCAAGUUCUACCAUUCUAAGAGGAUAUCACCGGAAGACCAUUAUUCUCGAAGGCCAAGUUAUAAUAGACGUUUCAGAUAUGGUUCUACGAGAGACGAUUUUGAUGGACGCGCCGAAAAUCGUCAUCCUUACACCAUCGUGAUACAAUUGCCUAAAGAAGAAGAUAAUUACGAAGACGAUAAUUAUGAAAAGCGGAAAAGGAAUUACGAAAGAAUUUCUAUACCAGUGUAUACUAUUGAAAAUGAUUAUAUCGAGGAUGAAGAUGAAAUUGAAUCAAAAGUGGUGAACGUUAAUAACAAAAAGAUGCAAAUAAAGAUGAUCAAAGGUGAAAAUCCCAAACUGCACAUCAAAAUAUCAAGAUCGGACAGUGACAAAAAUAUAGAAAUUAUAGAUAAAACGAAUACCACCGAAGUAAAUUCACCAUCAUUACCAAGAACGUAUGCAAAUUUAACAACACCCGUGCCACAAUCGACGGAACAUUGGGCUCCAACACCUCAUUUUGAAAAUAUUCGACAGAAACGAAUUUAGAAAUUCUAAUUUGUAUUUCAAACGGUAUUUCUAUUAAGCUUAAAAUUAAAUUAUUGUUCAAUAAAAAAUUGCUAUGUCUUUAGCUAUUUAUUAAGUCACCGUAGUAUAAAAUCGACUGUUAUUCUAUUAAUUAUAUAUAACAGCGGAACAUAAUAUUAA